UUUCUUCUCUAUCCAGCAGUUCUUUUACUGUUUAAAAAAUGGCAGACAAUAGCACGGCCACCUGCAUAGAUAUCCUCUUGGCCGUCAUCUUGCCUCCUCUCGGUGUCUUCCUCAAGUAUGGUUGCCAGGCGGAGUUCUGGAUCUGUCUUGUACUGACCCUCUUUGGGUACAUCCCUGGUAUCAUUUAUGCUAUCUAUGCCAUCACCAAAUAGACAUGUGGAGAUUUGGUGUAGGGUUCUUGUUUGUUUUAAUGUGUGUCGGCUAAUACCAUUUGUAUUGCUUGUAUGUUUUUUUAUCAUUAUUUGUUUUACUUCAAUUAAUAUUCUGUUUUGAUGUGAUGUAAAGUUGGGGUUAUAUGAUUAUGAUUUAUAAAAUUCGGUUAUGCUGUGUUGGUUGUUAAUGCAA